AUGAAGCAACACAGUCGUCAGUAUCUAAACAGCUCAAAGGAACCGAGUGCAAAGACAAAAGAUUUUGGACCUGUCGCCAUGCCCGAGUCUGCCUUACCCCUGUGCCUCCUGGGUCUUCUCGCUUUGUCCUCCGCCUGUUAUAUCCAGAACUGCCCGAGGGGAGGGAAGCGAUCGUUUCUGGACGCCGGCGCCAGACAGUGCAUGGCGUGUGGUCCUGGGAACAGGGGGCGCUGCUUUGGCCCCCGUAUUUGCUGCGGGGAGGAGCUGGGAUGUUACAUUGGUACCCCAGAGACGGAGAGCUGUCUGGAGGAGAAUUCCCUGCCGUCUCCGUGUGAGGCUGGAGGGAGAGUGUGUGGCGCCGAGGAGGGGGGCCGCUGCGCUGCACUCGGUAUCUGCUGUGAUGAAGAGAGCUGCAUGCUGGACUCCAGUUGCCUGGACGAGGACAGUAAUAAGAGACGCACCUCUACAGAAAAGAACAUGCCGCUGAUGGGCAGUACUGCUAGUGACUUCCUGCUGUGGCUCAUGCACAUGGCUAACAGGCAGCCACAACAGCCAGGCAGGAGCCAACAGUUUUAGUGCCACAGAGCCUCAGAGCCUCAAACCAGUUUAGACUGACUGAUCAGAGGGAUUGCUGGAUGGUAUGGAUGUUUUCCAUUGUAAAAAAAAAGUAAUUACAAAUAAAAUAUAUAGUCUAUUCUGGCAUUUCUUGAGAAGUGUAUUGCAGUUUUUAUUGAAAUCUAACAUGUAAAAAGACUGAACGUGUGCACAGU